CUCAAUUUUCAUCUACAAAUCAUCCGGGCAUGGACGGGUCCUUUGUUGAUUGCAAUUAAAUAUAAGUUCGCGAUGUUGUUUCGCUGAAAUGUUUCCGGGUUUUAGAAGAUUAUAUCAGCCAUUUUGUAUGAGUUGGCUUUUGGCCUCGGCCGAAUAGAUAAUUCGAGUAGAUUUCGCCGCCGCACAAUGUUCGAUAUCACAAUUUUGGAAUGUUUGAACACUUGGAAUAUUAAAGUGUUUCAACAACAUUUUAAACUUAUUCCUAAAAUAAACAAUAGAACAUCAGUUGGUGUGAAAUGAAGCGAUCAAUAACCGACCAAGAUAGAUAUAAAUAAGUACACAUGACUAUAAGUUUAGCGCCACCAUGGAUCACAACCAGAUCCAGAACUCGGACGGGGCGGUACUGACCAUCAACGGGCAGCAGCUGCAAGUGCUGCAGAUGAACAACGGAGGCGGCCACCUCGUGCAGACAGCUAAUGGACAACACAUGAUAGUGCCAUCCAUACCUGCGGGACUGCAGGUGGCAGCUCCAAAUACACAGCAGCUUCAGCAACUACAAGUGGUCCCGAUAUCAAGUCUUCAAGGAGCGAACAACUCGGUGCAGCCCAUGCAGCUAGUCCAAACAGCUGACGGACAGACGUUCCUGUACCAGCCGCCCGCGCCCGCCAUCGACCAGCACCAGAUCAUACACCAGCCCACAGUGAUAAACCUGAACGGCAACUUAGUUCAAGUGGCGAACGCCGUGCAGCCGCAGCAGAUGGUCAGCCAGCCCAACAUCGUCAUGAUGGUAAACAACGCCUCCACAACCCAAAACGCCCCAUCUCCCUCCACGGACGCGGCUUCCGACGAAGAGCCACUACUAUACGUGAACGCGCGCCAGUACAAGCGCAUACUGAAGCGCCGCGCCGCGCGUGCACGCCUCCACGAGCUGGGCAAGAUACCUAAGGAGAGACCCAAAUACCUACACGAGUCGCGGCAUCGACACGCGAUGAACAGGAUCCGUGGUGAGGGCGGACGGUUCCACUCGGGGAGCAGAAAAAUGGAAGACUUCGCGUCAGACGACCCGCUGCGACACGGCAUUACGCUGGAAGACGUCAAGCCCACCAACCUCGACGAAACUGUCUCCAUUACUAUUAUACAAGAAGAGGAACAAGAGGAGAAAUGCCAACCGAACCAGUGGCGCCGCCUGGCGCCGCUGCAGUCCACAUAGCAGACAUUGGACGUCGCAUUCGACUAGUGUGACCAGUGUUGGACCGAAUGUUUGUGAUAUUGGACCAAAUAUCCGCCAGAAGCGCGCGAAGGCCGUGGUUUUACAGGUUUUAGACAAGGACUUGAGCCGUAGUUUCAAACUUAUGUUAUUAAAAUUAGCAUUGAAGUGAAAAGUGGUGAUUUUUUGAUAGGAAAACUGUUGGAUAAAAGUGAUAGUGUGAUGAAUUUGUUAAUGAUUUGUGUGUAAAUGUUGUUUUUGUUCGCAAUAUGUUGUGUUCGUGAGUUCUAAUUCACCCUUUUGUUUACUGUUUAACAAAAUACCGGGCGAUCUUUUUGCAAUAAAUCUGGAUAAUUUAUUUACGUACAAUAACCCCAUUACUAAUAAUAAAACUGUAACUUGAAAUAACGUUUGUGUUAUUAAUACUUUUGUUAUUAGUGAUGGGGCACAAAAUUAACUAUAAGAUGUGUUAUGUAUAAAGUGACUGAGUAGAUAUCAUCAGUAGAAAACAUUUUUAUAUGCAAUAUUUCAAGAAUAAACAUUAAACAUUGCAAA